AUGAAGAUGAAUAUUCAUUCAAGUGAAUGUCGUGACGAUCUUUUUGACACAGUUGUACCAAAACAGUGCAAUGAACACAUUGUAAACUAUAAUCAGAUAAGUUUGAUUGUACUACUUUGUAUACAUUCAAAUAAAAUGUUCAGAUACGUUGUUGCUCUUGUAGUUCUCUACGUCGCUUUGGCUUCUGCCCAAUCCCCAACCUGUGCUACUUACAGCUCUGGUUACCAAUACGGUUACUCCAACAUUGGUUUCAACUUUGUCAGACGUGACCACUUGUUGUCAUACGCUGAGUCUGGUGGUUUCGUUGCUGAUGUCGCCAACCAACGUCAAGCCGCUUUCUUCCGUAUCCAAUUCAACAACACUGAUAACAUCCCAAUUUUCGAAGAAGGUCUAGAGAUUAUGUUCGCUUCAAACAACACCAUGUACAUCGUCUCCAACGGUGUCUGUUUCCUCCAACCAUCAUACGAACCAGUUGUCAACACUUUGGUCCCAAGCAACGUCAGAUACUCCAACCAAGUCACCCUCGGAUCUGCCAAAUUCAACAGCUACACCUCACCAAUCUUUGACGGUCAACACUCCUUCUUUGGUGUCUACGAGCCAACCACCUGUAUCCCAAUGCACAUCACCCUCUCCAAUGUAGACUUCACCCUCGGUGAAUCAACUACUAAUUUCUUUGACUUCUCCACCACCAUCGACGAGAACGUUUUCGUUUUGCCACCACCAUGUAUGCACCCAAUCAAGGUCCACGAAUAUAAGGGAUUCAGAUCUCACGUUGCCGAGAUGAUGGCUUCAUUCUAA